AUGACAAGCUAUACAGCUAUGACAAGUAGCAGUAACACCAGUGGUACAUCUUCAAAGGAUAAAGAAAAAGAUAAGGAAAAAGAUCAACAUCAUCAUAGAGAUAAUAAAGUCGAAUGGUUCAAUCCUACUGAAACAAUAUUAUUUGAAUAUCUACCUUUUGUCUAUUUCAAUCCAUUCAAGAAUAACAAUAGCAACAAUAAUAAUACUAAUAAUGGUAAUCAACAACAACAACAACAACACACAACAACAACAACAACAACAACAACAACAACAACAACAACAGAAUGGAAUAACCAAUAA